UGUUUUCGUGUAACAUCGGCUUAAGUUAUACUACUUGCCGAGAUAAGUUUUCUGGACAUUGAACGUUUUGGAAAGUGGAAAGUAUUUUUACCGGAUUAAACUUAGACGAAGUGUUAAGAAGUUAAAAAUGAACAAAAUUGUUUCCCUAACUAGAAACUUUUCUAGUUCGUCGUCUUUAAAUGCAAUUAAGACGGUUACUGUAGUCGGGGGAGGGCUUAUGGGAUCGGGAAUCGCUCAAGUUGCAGCUCAAGCGGGACAAAAUGUAACAAUAGUAGAUAUAAAACCAGAAUUACUGGAUAAAGCAAAAAAAUCAAUACAAAACAAUUUAACGAGAGUCGGUAAGAAAAUGUACAAAGAUGACACAGCCAAGAUUGAAAACUUUGUCAAAGAUUCCUUCGAUAGGAUUCAAGUUUCCACUAAAAUAGAGGAUGGUGUUAAUGCCGAUUUGAUUAUAGAAGCUAUUGUUGAAAAACUUCAUGUCAAACAAGAGUUAUUUAAUAAACUUGAUCAGUUGGCACCAGAACAUACAAUACUAGCUACCAACACAUCCUCCAUCUCUAUAAAUGAGAUUGGUGCAGGGAUCAAAAGAAAGGAUAGAUAUGGUGGUUUGCAUUUCUUCAACCCAGUCCCUGUGAUGCGUCUUCUGGAAGUGAUCAAAGGUGACCACAUCUCGGAGGCCACUUAUCAAACAAUGAUGGAGUGGGGCAAGUCGGUUGGCAAGACUUGUAUCACAUGUAAAGACACACCCGGGUUUGUUGUGAACAGAUUACUGGGACCUUAUAGUGCGGAAGCUAUAAGAUUGUAUGAAAGAGGUGACGCGACCGCUUCGGACAUAGAUAUUGCGAUGAAGUUAGGUGCAGGGUUCCCAAUGGGACCUCUAGAACUGGCGGAUUUCACUGGUCUGGACACCAAGAAGUUCAUCCUGAAGGUCAUGCAUCAAAAGACCGGUCUAUCUGUAUUCCAACCUAUUGGUCUUUUGAAUAGAUUAGUGGAGGAAGGAAAAGUGGGGAGAAAGAGUGGAGAGGGAUUUUAUAAAUAUCAGUAAAUAAUCUAGUUUACAUUUUAGUCUACUUAGAAAAAGUUCCUUUUAGAAGAAAUUAGAUAUUUGGACCAGUUGUUUUUAUGCACAAAUAAUGAAGUUAUGAUUGUGUUUUUAUGUGAGUAAAUAAAUGGUAUAUAGUA